AUGCGGAACGACGAGGAGCCUGGUAUGCCUCAUGAAUCUGCAGAGGAUUUGUUUCAUUUCAACAUUGGGGGCUGGCAUUUCUCAGUUCCCAGAAGCAAACUUGCUCAGUUCCCAGACUCCCUGCUGUGGAAAGAGGCUUCAGCCUUGAACUCUUCAGAAAGCCAGAGCCUGUUCAUUGACAGAGAUGGUUCCAUCUUUAGGCAUGUGCACUAUUACCUCUAUACUUCCGAACUCUCCUUCUCCAGUUGUACAGAACUAAACUUGCUCUAUGAACAAGCACUGGGUUUGCAGCUGACGCCUUUACUGCAGACUCUGGAUAAUCUGAAGAAAGGGAAACACCACCUACGUGUGCGGCCUGCAGACAUACCUGUUGCUGAGAGAGCAUCUUUGAACUACUGGCGAACGUGGAAGUGUAUCAGCAAACCCUCAGAAUUUCCUAUAAAAAGCCCAGCCUUCACAGCUCUACAUGGUAAGGCACCUUUGGGGCUCAUGGACACACCACUGUUAGACACAGAAGAGGAAGUGCAUUACUGCUUCCUGCCCCUAGACCUAGUGUCCAAGUAUCCAAGCCUGGUAACUGAAGACAAUCUGCUGUGGCUGGCUGAGACUGUGGCCCUGAUUGAGUGCGAGUGCAGCGAAUUCCGCUUCAUUGUGAAUUUUCUCCGCUCACAGAAGAUUUUACUACCAGAUAACUUCUCCAACAUAGAUGUAUUAGAAGCACAAGUGGAAAUUCUGGAAAUCCCUGAGCUCACUGAAGCUGUAAGGUUGUCCUGGAUGAACAUGGGUGGCUAUUCCCAGGCUUCCUGUCCUCCCCAGAGUCCUGGGAAGGGGGGCCACACAGCAGGCCUGAAGUCCAUGAAGCCACUAUACAUGAUGGCCCUGGGUCUGCUCAUCAAGUACCCAGACUCAGCGCUGGGACAGCUCCACAUUGAGAGCACACUGGACGGAAGCAGACUGUACAUCACAGGGAACGGGGUCCUCUUUCAACACAUCAAGAACUGGCUGGGGACUUGCUGGCUGCCCCUGACUGAGACCAUUUCCGAGGUAUAUGAGCUCUGUGCCUUCCUGGACAAGAGGGACAUCACCUAUGAGCCAAUGAAAGUGGCUCUGAAGACUCAUCUGGAGCUGAAGACUCUGGCACCCACAGAUGUGCUCAAUGAGGAGUGGACAGCAGAAGUCACUGUGUAUUCCCUCCAACAGAUUGUCAAAGUCUAUGUUGGAAGCCACUGGUAUGCAACCACCCUGCAGACCCUGCUGAAGUAUCCGGAGCUGCUGGCCAACCCUCAGAGAGUGUACUGGGUCACAUACGGACAGGCCCUGAUGAUCCACGGGGAUGGCCAAAUGUUCAGACACAUUCUCAACUUCCUGAGACUUGGAAAACUCUUUUUACCGUCUGAAUUUCAGGAAUGGCCCCUCUUCUGCCAAGAGGUAGAGGAAUACGACAUCCCGUCCCUCUCAGAAGCCCUUGCCCAAUGUGAGGCAUACAAGUCAUGGAUACAGGAGAAAGAAUCUGAAAAUGAAGAAGCUUUUCCUAUCAGGAGGCUGCAUGUGGUGACAGAAGGUCCAGGGUCACUGGAGGAAUUCAGUAGAGACACCAAAGAAACCACAGCCUGCAUGCCGGUGGACCUCCAAGACUGCAGUGAUAGGACUCCGUGGAACAAGGCCAAGGGAACCCUGGCUAGGUCCAGCCAGAUGGAGGAGGCUAAGCAGUACUCUCAGACCAUCCAGGUGUCCCUGUGCCGAGGUGCCAAGAGGGAGUAUCCCAGCACAUACUUCCAGUAUCCUGGCCUUUGUGCCAACUCCAGAUACUGGGGACCCCACCCUGAGAGUCUCCCGAAGAAGUGUACCACAGUCGACCUCACACAGAAAUCUGAACCCAAAGACCCUCCUAUCACCCCCAUGCAAAAACUCAUCUCCCUGGUGAAGGAGUGGGACAUGGUCAAUUGCAAGGAGUGGGAAUUCCAGACACUGCCAGCCCCCUGGAGCAGCUCCUUGGAGGAAGCUGUCCUGCAGCUCCCCUCAAGAAGUGAGGCUGCUUCCCAGCUCAGCGCCUCAGCUUUCUGGAAAGGCUAUUCCACAGCCUCCAAGAAGGAACCAGGUCCACAAGCAGGGGCUGGGGCUGGAGCUAGAGCCAAAGAUAAGGGGCCAGAGCCAACCUCUAAGCCAUACUUCCCCACGAAAAGAGCCGUCACCCUGAAGGUCUUGGGGAAGCAGAGGCCAAAGGAGAAAGAAAGCCCUGCCCGUGAGAAGCCUCUUCCUGAAGCCAGUGAGGUGGACAAUACAGGAGUCAUCCUCAAAGUGACCCACCCCCCUGUGGUGGGCAGCGAUGGCUCCUGCAUGUUCUUUGAGGACAGCAUCAUCUACACUACACAGAUGGAUAACCUCAAGCAUAUGCCGCCCACAGCCAGCCUCCAGCCCCAAGAGGUGACUUUCCUCAGUUUCUCUCUGUCCUGGGAAGAGAUGUUUUAUGCACAGAAAUGUCACAGUUUCCUGACUGACAUCAUCCUGGAUUCCAUCAGGCAGAAGGACCCCAAAGCCAUGACUGCCAAGGUGGUCUCCCUGGCCAACCAGCUGUGGACCUUCCACAUCAGCCCCAAGCAGUUUGUGGUGGAUUUGCUGGCCAUCACCGGCUUCAAGAAUGACCAGCAUACCCAGGAAUGCCUGUACAACUGGGUGGAGUUCACACUGCCUUUCGCCAGGAAAUAUGGCCGCUGCAUGGACCUGCUCAUCCAGAGAGGCCUGUCUAGAUCUGUCUCUUACUCCGUCCUGGGCAAGUACUUACAAGAGGGCUAGGGAGCCCAGAGACGCUGCCCCUACA